AUGAGCACGCACACGACUGAAGAUAAAGGUCCUCAAGUCAAUGCUGUCAACUAUGCCUUCCUUGUGCUAUCAACCCUAGCUGUGAUACUAAGAUUCUGCGGGCGAUUUGUUGCGCAAAAAGCUGGAUUUGGGUGGGAUGAUUGGCUGUCCCUGGCAGCUCUUCCUUUCGUCUGGGCAAUCUGUGGAAUCUCACUCUACUGGGUGUCCAUUGGACUUGGAAAACACAUCGACCAGAUCCCUGGGUCACAUUCGGAGCUAGCGAAGCUCCUCUUUAUCGACAAUCUGAUAUACAAUACCGGGCUUACUGUGGUCAAAAUGUCUGUGCUUUUAUUCUACGUCCGUGUUUUCCGGAUUGUACUAGUAUAUCGGGUUAUCUUCUGGAUUGUGGCUUUCCUCAUCACCAGCUGGGGCAUAGCUAUCAACUUUCUUGCCACUUUUACCUGUACUCCAAUCCACAAAUCGUGGGAUCCGACCAUACCAGGCCAUUGUCUCAACAGUAACAAUACAUUCCUGGGCGCAACGAUACCGAACAUCGUGAUCGACUUUAUACUGUUGGUCUUGCCCAUUCCCAUGCUGUGGAGACUACAUGUUGAGAUAUCGAGCAAGAUCGCACUAGUUGGAGUGUUCUCUGCAGGAUAUUGCGUACUCAUAUUGUCUACUAUACGCCUGACGUCAAUCAUUGGCAUUGGCGACAAGCUGGAAAAGGAUAUCUCCUGGAAUCUUGCAUAUCCUCAGAUCCUGAUCACGAUCGAACUGUCAAUAGCGCUCAUCAGCAGCUGCUUGCCAAGUAUUUUCAAUUUAGUCAGACAUGGUAUCCGGAAUUAUUUGCCUAAUCUCUUUGGAACACUAAGAGAAUCGGAGCCUUUGGGCGGACCUGCAGGCGCUCACAUUGGAGCCCUUGGAAAUCCGAUUGAAGAGAAUAGGCAUACAGGCUUCAUGCAGCUGGAAAGUGGCAGAAGUGGUACUGCGGGCUCAAACGAAAGACUAUUUGACGGCACGGGUGGGACAGUCCAUUACACAAAUGCAUACCCGGGCCAGAUUGGAGAUCGAAUGGCAGUGGGUGAGGAAGGGGGAAUUCCCUUGCAUCAAAUUCACGUCCGAGACGAUAUCCAUGUCCACGGGUUGAGCGGCCGGAACGGUAUAUAG